AUGAAACCCGGGAAAGUGGUGCUGGUCCUGGCUGGACACUACUCUGGACGCAAAGCGGUCAUCGUGAAGAACAUCGAUGAUGGCACCUCUGACCGCCCUUACAGCCAUGCACUGGUGGCUGGAAUUGACCGCUAUCCCAGAAAAGUGACAGCCGCCAUGGGCAAGAAGAAGAUUGCCAAGCGAUCCAAGAUCAAGUCCUUUGUGAAAGUUUAUGACUACAACCACCUCAUGCCCACAAGGUACUCUGUGGAUAUCUCCUUGGACAAAACUGUUGUCAACAAGGAUGUGUUCAGAGACCCAGCACUGAAACGCAAAGCCAGGCGAGAGGCCAAGGUCAAGUUUGAGGAGUGAUACA